ACUGUGCUUCCACCUUAUUUACUCCUCCUCUUAUGAAGCGUGUAAAGAGGAGGGGAAUGGGAUAUUGUACGUAGAAUGGGAGUCCCCCAGCUCUGUUUGUAAAAUAAGGUUUACUCCUGCUUGCUGUGUUUUGUUUCUCUAAAAAUUAGGAACAACAAUGCAGUGUCAAUGUGGGGAUACUUUGAGCUAAGUGCCCAUGCCCUGGGGUUUAAGGAGGCCGUGCAGACUGCUUUAGGAAGCUACUUUAGGCAGCGCAAAGCUAACAGUAACUUGCAGAGGGUGACUCCUUUGUUCUCAGAACCCCAGACCACUGAAUGUUUUGAUAUAAUGUAGGGCACUCUGCGGCUCCCGCAUUAGGCAUACCGCCAUGGAGGCGGGGGCCGUGCACCUCUCGGACUCGUUCCCACCGGACCUCCCCGGUCUUCGCUCUGAAAUGCUGGGGGUGGCAGAGGAAGCAUUCAGGGCGGGUAACUUUGAACUGGCGGCGGAGAUCUACGGCUCUCAGCUAGAUGAGGUGCCCCAACCAGAGAGAUCGCUGUGGCUUCGGAAAGGGGAUUCCCUGGCUCUGGCUGGUCGCAUAGCUGAUGCUUUGGACUCAUACACUAGAGCUGCUAUACUGAGUCGGCUGCGCCCAGAGGAGCUUGGGGUACUGGUGGGCAGCAUCGCUCUGAAUAUCCGCGAGAAAGAGCUCAAACUACCCAGUGUUAAAAGUGACGAUGGCAAUGCCAGUUAUCAUCAUGUCCCCGCGGAACAUCCUGAGCCAACCGCCGAUGUAUUCUCCUGCCCGUUAUGUAAGCUUCUGCUGCUGGACCCCGUCACCUUGUACUGCGGUCACACGUUCUGCAAGCGGUGCCUGAGUGAGGACAAGCCCCCAGGGUGCACUUGCUCUCAGGCCAAGGCGGAAGGAUCCGGGAUGUCCUGUGAGAAAUAUAAGGUUAACGUAGUUUUAGGAAACCUAUUGGGAAAGUGGCUGACAGAAGAGACCCGAGUACGGAGUCUGUGCGCGGAGGGCGAGAGUCUGUGCCAAGAGGGCAACCUAAUGGGGGCAUUAGAGAAACUCAACACAGCGAUGAAUUUGGCUUCCUCUGACACUCUGUUAACACUACGUCGCUCAGAGCUGUAUUUGACUAUGAAAAACUUUAAGCAAGCCCUCUACGAUGGAGAGAUCAUCUGCAGGAAACAUCCACUGUGGCCCAAGGGACAUUAUGUGAAAGCACAAGCACUCUCUGGACUAGGAAGGACGGAGGAGGCUUUGAAGGAGUUUCUGUAUUGUCUUGCCUUAAAUCCAGACUGGAGUUCAAUGAAGACUGAAGCACAAAAGAUAAUGUGUGAAAUACUAUUUCCAGCAUUUGAAAAUGUCCAAGCAAGUCUUGCAACUUCUUUCUGCGCCCCAUCUUCAUACACCAGACUGAAACCUUCCUCCUUAAGCAUUAGCAACCAUGUACCGUCUGUGGAAGACAUUCCUCUGGCAGGAAGCUCCAAGGAUUCCGUGUUCAGGUUAACCAAAGCCCCAUUCCCAGGGACCAGCCUGUUGUCCAUAAAGGAUUUCCAAGACUGUCCUCAAACAGGUGACCUUCAUGUUGAGAAGGCAGAAAAGAGCCUCGAUAGUGUCCUGUCCUGUUUCCCUGGUACAGGUCUAAAGCGGAAGCUUCCCUGUUUAUCAGCGGAUCAUCAGAGUAUAGAAAGCCCUGCCAAAGCCAUGAAGAAAGAUGGUGGAUCCAUGUGUGAGCAGUCAUCCGUGAGAGAGGUUUCCAUAGCUCUUGUAGAUGCUUCGGAUUUUGAGUGCUCUCUCUGUAUGAGGUUGUUUUAUGAGCCCGUAGCUACACCUUGUGGACACACAUUCUGUCUCAAAUGCCUUGAGCGAUGCCUGGACCACAACCCACAUUGUCCACUCUGCAAAGAAAAUCUAUCACAAUACCUGGCAAGCAGGGCAUACAAAAAGACCCUUUUAACUGAAGAAUUGAUAACAAAGUACCUGCCAGAGGAACUAGCUGAUAGAAAGAAAAUCUAUGAUGAAGAAAUGAAGGAAUUAUCCAACCUGAAUAAAGAUGUCCCUAUAUUUGUGUGCACUAUGGCCUUCCCUACAAUUCCCUGCCCACUCCACGUCUUUGAACCCCGCUAUCGUCUGAUGAUUAGAAGAAGCAUGGAGACUGGUACCAAACAGUUUGGAAUGUGCAUAGCAGAUGAGCUAAAAGGGUUUGCAGACUAUGGCUGUAUGUUGCAAGUGAGGGAUGUGAAAUUUUUCCCUGAUGGCCGCUCUGUUGUAGACACAGUCGGUCUUAGCCGGUUUAAAGUAUUGAGUCAUGGACAAAGAGAUGGGUACAACACAGCAAACAUUGAAUAUCUGGAAGACAAAAAGGUGGAAGGACAGGAAUAUGAAGAACUUCUCAUGCUGCAUAAUUCUGUAUAUGAUCAAGCUUUAGCCUGGUUUACUUCCCUCAAGGAAAACAUGAAAGCACAAAUUCUUAGCCACUUUGGCUCAAUGCCAAGCAAGGAAUCCGAGCCACAGACUCAUCCAAGUGGUCCAGCCUGGUGUUGGUGGAUGUUGGCAGUCUUGCCACUUGAAAGCAGGGCCCAGUUGACAAUCCUGGCCAUGACAUCUCUCAAAGAUCGUUUGCUUGCCAUAAGACGCAUCUUAAUAUUUGUCACCCGUAAAAGACCCAGAUGACAAAAGUUUUACUCUGGGACUAUGACUAUUAUUUUUUUGCUUUUGCACUGAUUAACACUUUGUGGACAUUGUGUGUGAUUUUAAAUUGUUCUUUGAAGAUACCAUGCAGUGUCAAUGAAUGAGCAACAUUUCUACCUGGUUUUUCUGUCACCUUGCGUCCUGGCGCAUAGCAGGAGCUUGAUUGCCAUCAGAUUUUCCCACCUUUAAAAAGGUGAACUGCUGGUAAGCAAGACCCUGAAGUGCCUUACUACAAACAGGAAUCCUACAUCUCAGAUGCAUAAAGAACUAAACGUAUGUAACUAAAUAAGGGCUAAAUCACAUACUGGAAUUGGGAGAGAUCAUUUUAAUUAACAAUUUUACCAAUUCAACCAUCAGAGUCAUAACUAUGUUCUAAUGUGUGUGUGUGUAUAUAUAAAUGAAUUGCAAAUUAAAAAUAUCAGGUGAACUGUAAUGAGUAAAACUGCUGUUAUGAUAUCAACAUACAUCAGGUUACCUCUUUUCAGGGGACAUAUAAAACAUUCCUCUCACAUAUAUGGUACAGGCUAUUACAAACCAAAAUAGGUUUGUUUUAAGUUUUAUCUCGGUUUAUGUUGAAUGGGUAUUUAUACUAAUAAGUGUAAAUAAGUCAAACGAGAAUCAUUCAUGUAAAAUUACAUGAAGCUAUUGUGUGCCAUCAGUACCGUAUCUAACAAAAUUUGUUAAAAUGCUUAUAAAGAUUUUGUAUGUGUGUGUGUAUGUGUGUGUAUAUGUGUGUAUAUAUAUAUAUAUAUAUAUAUAUAUAUAUAUAUAUAAUGUGUGUGUGUUUUACUGCGUACCUUAAAUCUCUGUAGCAGAAAGGGGUUUGUGUUAUAGUUUUUAUAGUCAUUUAGUCCUGUGAAAUGAUUUAGUGAUGGAGUACUAAAUGAUAGAAAGCGCACCAUGAACACGCUAACUGGAAGUCCACACUGGUAGUGUCUUAGUGCGAUUACAGUAUAGAAAUGAUUCAUCAUUGGUGCAGACUAUAAUGGCAACCGUAAUGACUUCCAGAAAAUAAGAUGGUUUCUUGAACACAGCUGUUAUUAUAGGACAAUCUUCAACAAGAAACCUACUAAGUAGCAUAUGUACCACACAGAAACAACCCCGUUGUGGAAACCCGUAAAUUUGAACCCUAUCAAGUUUACAUAAUGCAUGAAUACUAAUCCAGAGGCAAUACAAAUACAAGGCGGACUUUAGGUCUCUUUGAAGUAUAUUAAAUGAAGUAUUAUUCAGGUAGGCAUAUUGUUACUUUUCAGUCAAUAAUUGCUCAAUGGCGAUGUUAUAUCACUAUAACUGUCAUCUCUCCCUCUUCCUCUAGUGAUUAUGCCUUGGUAUGCAAGAUUAUAUUUUGUUAUCAUGGCUUUUCCAGAAUAAUUUCAGUGAUAAAUAUUUAGUUAUGAACUUAAAGAACAUUUCAGAAACCAGCAUUUUACAUCACUAUGUGCCUGUCCUGAAGAUGCUUGAGCCUUUGUCUGUAAAUAUAUCUAAAAGCUAUAACUGGCUUAAUGCUAAAUGCUAAAAGUACUGCUUCAUAAAUAACUGGAUUUACCAUCGUCCGUUUGCAAGAGACUCAUUGCUCUUACUUUUCCAAUAGUCUGGAAGUUUAAACAUCCAAUGGAAUAUUCCAUUAUGUGGACAAUUACAACAUUGCUUCUGAAUAUGAAAAGUCUUUACUGAGAUCAUCAAAAGAUAUCCAGAUGUCUUCCAGGACGAUUGUUUGGAAGAGAAUAUUGAAGAAUAACUUUGUCUUUAAUAAUGCAAGUCUGUUCUUUACAUCCAAAUAAAACAAUGUAGGAAUGUUCUUAUAAAUUAGAAAACUAUGCCUCCGUAAACAUUGUAAUUGGAUACAUCAUUAAAAUGAACUAGGGCAAUGCACAGUUGUACCAGGAUUUCACAUAUGUGCUAAGUGUGGUAUGAACUUCUACUUACAUGAGUUGGCUUUUCAUCUCUGUGGACAUGUUAUCAACCAAAUUUUCAGGCGGCCGUGAUUGUAUUGGAAGCUUAUCUAGACAGUCAUUCACAAUGCCUAAACAUGUUAACUUGAGUGUAGUAUGUAUUUGGAAUAGAAUCUUUUGUCAGUGUCAUUUAUUACCAAAAGCAAUAUAAUUUGCUAACGAAUGCUCCAUGAAUUUUCUUGUAGGAUAAUCAAUUGGCCACAUUUCUCAAAAAUGAUCUACAAAUCCCAUUAACAGUAAAUAAAUUGAAAAUGUGUUCUGUCUACAAA